CUCUUUUUUCCAGAAAGUUGAAUGUUUUUUAAAAAGUUAAAAGUCGUUUACAUAUUAUUAGAUAUUGUCGCAAAUAAUAAAAAUCUUUUAACAGUUAAUUGUUAAUCUCUUCUUUUUCAGUAUUCCAAGUACACUCAAAAUACUCGUGUAAUCGAAGUCCAAGAAAAAUGCUCCGAGAGAGCUCUCGAGUUACUUGCCCUUCCUGAUGAUACUCCUGCACUUCUCUUGGAUCUGGGUUGUGGUUCAGGUCUGUCAGGAGAAAUAAUAAGUAAUCAAGGUCAUCUGUGGAUUGGCUUAGAUAUUGCACCUGCUAUGUUGGAUGUUGCUGUUGAGAGAGAACUGGAUGGGGACUUGAUAUUAGCAGACAUUGGCCAGGGUAUGCCUCUUCGUGCGGGUAUGUUUGAUGGGGCCAUAAGUAUAUCUGCUGUCCAGUGGUUGUGCUAUGCAGAUUCAAGACAACAUAAGCCUGGCAAGCGAUUAUAUCAACUCUUUAUGACCCUUUACGCUUGUUUAAGUAGGGGAAGUCGUGCAGUAUUUCAGUUUUACCCAGAGAAUGAUGCCCAGGUUGAGUUGAUUGUAUCCCAGGCUAUGCGAGUGGGUUUUACUGGUGGCCUUGUUGUGGAUUAUCCAAAUUCUACUAAGGCAAAGAAAAUCUACCUUGUCUUGAUGACUGGAGGCACAACACAACUCCCUAAAGGACUUCAAGAAGAAGGAACAAGUCAAACACAAGCUUUAUACCAACGCAGGUAUGUUAUCCCUCUCUCCCCGUCCUCCCCAUCAUUGAUUCAAUACUUAAAGUAGAGUGGGACAGUGACA